AUGGCGGCCAACGGUCAGGGCAUCGCAAGUCCUAUGCGCGACCUGCAAAUCGUCCAGAGACCACCCCCGGAACAGGAUCAAGAAUCUCGGCGAUCAAAACGCACUUAUGUAACUGCAAUUCAGGAUGCCACUCAUGCACUUACUGAAGCUUCUGGCACCAUUUCCCUCCAAGAGCAGAAUAUCAGGCCAUUAUCUGACCAAACGAGUCCCUCUGAGACUCUUUCGAUAGAAGCGAUCUACUGGCUUCAUAGCAGUGGUAAAGAGCUCUCAAAUGCCGCCAAAAGUCUAGCCAGUUCCAUCGACGCAUUGAAUCACGCGGCAGAACGCUUGAAACGGACCCUGAUCACAAAACUAUUCUCUCAUUUCGGCAGAAAAAUCAGAAACACCAUCCAUGAGCUUCUCGACACCACCAGCGACCGUAAUCUACUGUGGAAGGUCGCCGAAGAAUGUUACGACGAAGCCGCUAGCGACUUCGGCGCCCUUCGCGCCAGCGACUACUUUGAGUCCCCGGAAGAAGGCAAACGAGAGCCCCAAAGCCAGGAUCGCAUGCAAAAAGAGCAGACUUGGAUCGAUUACUGGCUCACAAUUUUGAACAAUGCACCGAACGGGCCAACACUGUUUUACCCACCAACAAGUUUCAAUAACCACUCGCUCAAAUUCGAAGACGUCCCUCAAUACCUGUUCCGGGCUUUCGAUGCAUUUAUAUUGGGAACUGAUGGCGUUAUGCGUUCUAUCGAGAGCAGCAUCGGACCGAAGGGAAAGAGUCGAACCGAUUUGUUGUCCUUGAACACCGACCAAGCAACGACAUUGCUACACGCACACCUAAAAAAAACCUGUUUCUCACGGGAAAAAGAUAACCUGGUAUCCUGGACAAGCUCUUUGCUCUUCGCCAUCCAAUACGCACUCUACAGGCAACAAUGCGGACAAGGCGACGCAUCUGGGUACAAGAUAUGCGCCGUAGAAACCAGGAAGUUUCCCCAAGGACAAUUUGCACGAGACAUCUGGUUGAUUCCAAGGUACAGGUCCGAUGGAGUCGGACAGUAUGAAGCGCAGGAUUUUUUCAACUUCCGUCUGCACUAUGAAGACUAUUACAACGGCGAAUACCUUUCCCAAGGAGCCGUGAGCAUUGCCGAUCGAUCAUGCGUCACUUCCCUAAAGCUCUUGGAAGAAGCUGGACUCUUCGAACUAUAUCCGGAAUUCGAAGACGCUGGGGGUAGAACACGAUGGGCCAAAAGGGUACUUGCAUUGCGCCAAGACUGGUCAGAGAAAAGAGGAACAAGCAAACAAGAGAUCAAGCUAGCGCUGCAGAUGGCACGUACCUGCUUCCCUCAGCUCGCAUCAGUCGAUGUCGCCACCGCCCUACUUACCUUUCGAAAUCGCAAACUUCGAACAUCAACACUAUCAGAGUGGGCAGACAAGCCAGUGGAAGUACGUCGAUAUUGGGAUGUUACCGAAGUGGCCAAGGCUCGCGACAGAGCAUUAGACGUACAAACUGAAGCCUCUCCACAACAGGAUCCAGAAGCUGCACUCCUACGCCGCAUCUUCUCUCUGCAAGAACGACCCGUUGAUUCUAGGGUCAGCUUCCAGUAG